UGUAAACAUCUUGGAAUGUACAUGUCCGUUAUUUACUCGAUGUUGGAUCGCUACUUGUACACUUAUGGAUUCUAAGUUUGGAAGCUUAACAAUUCCGGAAUUGGAAAAGGAAUUGAAGAAAAGAAAUGCGAAACAAUCGGGUAGAAAGAAAGAUUUAGUAGAAAGAUUGGAAGCCUAUGAAAGAAAUUUGAACUUUGGACAAUCUGAUGUAUCUGCACCUGAUUAUUAUAUUACGCUUCCAGAGAAAAGUAAUUAUAAAGAUGUUAAUUCUGACACAAAAUUCUGUCCAAUUAUAUUAGAAAAGGUGAAUGACUAUCUUGAAGCGUUUGACAAAAAUUUCGACAUUGCACUGACAAAGAAAAUUUAUGAUGAAAAGUUUUUACUAUUUUUUCCGCCUUGCAAGUGAUGACAGUUAAUUGUAUGUUAACAGCUGUUGCCAGGCUGAGAUGAAAAAAAGUGUUUCAUACAAAAUGGAUAUUGUUUUUAAAAGGAAUGGGGACAUUCUUGAGAGUCAGUGUGAGUGUGCUGCAGGAAU